AUGAGCGUACUUGAUCGACUCAAGCCCAAGUCGUUCAAACCUCGUUAUCCAAAAUGGAUGGUGGGCCGGCCGCUCCUCAUCGGGUCGUCCGCCCUGGCCUCACUUGGAGACGCUAUGUUCGGGUAUAGUCAGGGAGCCAUUGCUGCCAUCCAGCUCGAGCCCACCUUCAUCAAGCGGUUCUUCGGCAAGACUGUGACUAUGGAACAAAUCCGCACGGGACAAACGGGUGUAAGACCUGAGAUACAAGCCAUUACGGUCUCGUGUCUCAACCUCACAGCACUGGUCGCCGCUUUUGCAUCGGCCUACAUCUGCGACGUGCUGGGUCGCCGCAUGUCAAUACGGAUCGGCGCUGUUAUCUACUUCAUAGCCGCAUUCAUCCAGAUCUUCGCCCCGAACCUCGGCGCGCUCAUUGCGGGUCGCUCCAUCCAAGGCAUCGGUGUAGGAAUGCUGUCCAUGACGGUCCCCAUCCUGCAAUGCGAAAUAGCACCGGGCCAUGCUCGCGGUCUCUUCGUCGCCAUCGAGUACUUAUGCCUCAACAUGGGUUACCUCCUCGCAUCAUGGGUUGGCUAUGGAUUCUUCUUCGCUCUCCCUUCUUCGAUCUCAUGGAGAGGACCAUAUGUCGUGCAGGCGGCCCUCGCGGGCGUCCUGACGGCGUGGUCCUUCAUCUUGCCCGAGACACCACGUUUCCUUGCCAGUGUUGGGCUCGAAAAGGAGGCGUUACUCGUCUUAGCUGAUUUGCACGCCAAUGGUAAUCAAGACGACCCCGAAGUACAAAAGUCUUUCAAAGAAAUUGUGGCAGCGAUCAAGUAUGAACAGCACCUGGAACAGGCCUCAUGGACGCAGCUCUUCACGCAAUACACCAGACGGACCAUUAUGGGUAUUACGUGCCAGUUGUUCGCGCAGUUCAAUGGCAUCAACGCGAUCCUGUACUAUCUUCCUUCGAAUCUCACACGCGCCGGCUUCACGAUCGCACGGGCCUUGUUGUACUCGGGAGUGUCGGCCAUCGUCUACUGCUUGGGGACGAUCCCCACUAUGUUCCUCAUCGAUCGAUGGGGCCGACGGGUCUUUUUCAUCGCUGGGAGUAUCGGGCUCGGGGCCUGUCUGGCAACCGUCGGCGGCCUGCAAUACAAGAGCGACAGCCUUCCGGAAGGUGGCGCGGAGCUCCCAUGGGGCCCGGCGCCAUACCUCUUGGGUGCAGAGAUUUUUCCAAUGCGUGCGAGGGCUAAGGGAAUGGCACUCUCCACGGUUUCCAAUUGGUUGUCAAACUUCAUCAUUGCUUUUAUCACGCCAUUGCUAUUCGCAGCCAUCAACGCGGCCUACUACUUCAUUCUGCUCGGCUGCUGUGUCAUCUCGGGGCUGUUCGUCUUCUUCGUGUAUCCCGAGACGGCUCACCGUACAUUGGAGGAGCUGGGAGAAGUGUUCGGGGACAAGAGCGAGUAUCGGUGGAGACAGUGUUAA